UAUUAAAUUUUAAUUUCAAAAAUAGAAAUCCAGUUGAUGUACAAGGCCCUCAAUCAACCUUGCAAAGUUCUGCGUGUUGUCUCUCUCUCUCUCUCUCUCGCAAGCUCAUUCCUCUUUCUUCCUCUUCUCUCUGGGUCGAUUGAUUGAAGGUGGUGUUUGGGGUCUCCAUUGAAGCCACGAUUCCACUCUCUCGCUCGCUCGCUCGGUUGAAGGAAUGCUCUGACUCAGCUGCACAGAGAAACAAUGCUAGCAAUAGAGAGAGCAAUUCGAACGAUCCACACUGCUAUAGAUGCUCCACGCCUCACCAGAUUCGCUCUUCAUGCCCCUAAAUUGGUGGAGGUGGGAUUUGCUGAUGGUAGCGCGUUUAACUUGUCUGCAGAAUUUCUUAGAGUACACAGCCCAGCUGUUGACGGCAAGGUCAGGUCUAUUGGGGGUGAGAAGGUGAUAUCUGGAAGGCGUCAUGUCGGAAUCAUGUCUGCAGAACCUGUAGGAAACUAUGGGGUAAGGAUGGUUUUCGAUGACUUGCAUAAAACUGGCAUAUAUUCAUGGGAUUAUUUCUAUCAUCUUGGGAGCAAUAGAUUUACCCUCAUGAGAAAUUACAUCAAAACAUUAAAGAAGCAUGGACUCAGCCGGGAUCCGCUUAGAAGAAAAUAGUGGACUUAUGUGAAAUCAUCCUAUCUUUUUAUUCUUCAAGUGAUGUCUCAUUAGGUUUGCAGUGCCAAUCAACUUUGUCUUAGCUAGGAAAAUUUCAUUAUUCCUAUCAAGCGGGAAAGCGUGAUAUCUCGGGAUAUUGUGGAUAAAGUUUUACUGCUCUUGUUGUUGAUUACUGAUCCAGAUCAAUUGCUGAAGAAUAUCGGUUCGAGUAGAUUGAAGUUCAAAGAUGAUAGCAGAGGUCUGUAACUAACCAUUGCAAAAGCCAGCAUCAGCAGCAAUGCUUCACAAUAUGAGUCUUUACUUUGGAGCUCCAUGUUACAGAAUAAGUUUUUUCCUUUUCAUUUCCAGCUUUUCUAUUUUUAGCUUUCUGUGAUGAAGUAGUCGAGGAGCAAUUUGUACUAGAUUCUUAUAUGAUCAGAGAGAAGGGAAAAACAAAGGAGAUGAGAGUAGUUGAGGUGAUAAAUUAGAUUUUAUUUCAGAAACUUGAUUGUGAUAAUUAGAAUUAGUGUACCUGAUAAAAUUUCAUCGAAGUAUCUAAUGUA